GGGAACGACAUGAGCAUGGAGAAGUCGAGUAGUGAGGAUUCUUCGAUCCACCGGAGUCCAUCUUUGGACAGCAAGGACUCGGACUUUGCCAAACCGUCCACCUCUGGCCGCCCGUUCGGCCGCGGCUUCACGGCUGGCGCCUUCUACGGCACCGCGGGUUCUCGGGGUCAGAGCCACACAGAGGCCGGCGUUAAGACUGACAAGUACAAUGCACCCAAAGGCAGCAAGUACGUGGUGUUUUACCUGGACCUGUCCUUUGUGUUCCUCCUAGAAUUUAAGAAGUGCAACAUGGCCAGGGGCUGCCUGUGCUGCUUGAAGUACAUGAUGUUCCUGUUCAAUUUGAUAUUCUGGCUAUGUGGCUGUGGACUGCUUGGAGUGGGCAUCUGGCUCUCCGUGUCCCAAGGCAACUUUGCCACCUUCUCCCCCAGUUUCCCCUCGCUGUCUGCAGCCAACCUUGUCAUCGCCAUAGGCACCAUUGUCAUGGUGACAGGCUUCCUGGGCUGCCUUGGGGCCAUCAAGGAAAACAAGUGUUUGCUCCUCAGCUUCUUCAUCGUGCUGUUGGUCAUCCUCCUGGCAGAGCUGAUCCUGCUCAUCCUCUUCUUUGUCUACAUGGACAAGGUGAACGAGAAUGCCAAGAAGGACCUGACAGAAGGGCUGCUGCUCUACAACACCGAGAACAACGUGGGGCUCAAGAACGCCUGGAAUAUCAUCCAGGCUGAGAUGCGGUGCUGUGGAGUCACUGACUACACAGACUGGUACCCAGUGCUGGGAGAGAACAUAGUGCCUGACCGCUGCUGCAUGGAGAACUCUCAGGGAUGUGGGCGCAACACCACCACCCCCUUGUGGAGAACGGGCUGCUAUGAGAAGGUCAAACUGUGGUUUGAUGACAACAAGCACGUGCUGGGCACAGUGGGAAUGUGCAUCCUGGUCAUGCAGAUCCUGGGAAUGGCCUUUUCCAUGACUCUGUUCCAGCACAUCCACCGGACGGGUAAAAAGUAUGAUGCCUGAGCGUUUGGCGGCGCCUGGCCCCACCGGGACACUGUAUGUGCCAGGGGAGAGGACCUAAGUCUGUGUCUCCUGUCUGCCCUCCGAUGGCCACCCUGCCCCACCUGCCAGCCUGCCCUCUCCUGCCCACAUCCUUGGCCUUGGACCUUUUGGAGGGUAGAGGCCCAGGGAGGAGGCAUCGUGCAGAGACCUCAGGGCUUGGGCGCCUGGAUUCCUGCACCUGCAUAUUUGCCAAAGACGCCAGGGUGGGCAGGGUGUCAAGGAGGAAGCCCUGGCAUUGAUGGGUUUCUGCCCCUGCCCUUCCUCACACUGACACUUGUCCCUGUGUGGGGUGGAGAGUCUGCCUCACCAAGGCCACUGCCGUCCAUGUGCCCAGCCAGAGAGCGGGCCAGGGUGCAGGGUGGCACCACCAGGUCAGGCCCCCUGGAGCACCCUGCCCAGGUUUUUAUACUAUAGUGUAACUUUUUUAUUUUACUCUGAUUAUGGUUAUUCAGGAAUAUUAUCUCUCAGAUAAGUUUAGGGUUAGCCUUCUGAUUUAUAACUUUUUACUGUGUUGAUUUCCAUAAUGGUUUGAGUUUCCUUUUCCCAUAGGUGGGGAGGGGUAGGGAGAAAGGACCCCCAUCCACUUUCAAUGAGUACACGCCACUGUGGGACACUCAUGAGGCCCUAGGAUGAGAAGUGCCAGGCUCUCCCCCAGAACUCACCUCGAGGGAGAGGGUACAGCCAUGAUAUGGGGCCCUGCCAGGCCUGGCAACCAUGGAUAGGGCCAGAAGAGGCAGGUGUGAUAUAAAGCAUGGCGUGGCAUCCUACUCAGGGGUGAUAGGGGCGGUGCCUGAGCUGGGGAGGCCACGUCAGUAGGGGAUGCUUAGGACACGGGGUAGUGAAAUGGUUUGCUGGGGGGCGGCAGUCAGAACAGUUUGUGGCAUUUCCCUGCCUCCCCCCAGUCCUCUGUAGGCUCCCCUCCUGACCCGCACAUGUCCUGCAUCCCAGAUGGUCACUCUCACACAUUCCUGCUACGGAUUCCUCUGGUUCAGAUACAGCU